GAUGAGGUACGUACGUGUAUGGUGGUACUAUGUAAUAGGAAUAUAUUUGGUACGUGAAGUGAACAACGUAAGCUGCAAGUACUGCAAUGCAUGCGGAUCAUCAUCCCUUUCUUUUUCCUUCUCUUUCUCUUCUUCCUAUCAUCAUCUAUCUCUUCUUUCCUCAAAACAAAAUUAAAACAAAACUCUGUAAAAACUUCUCUUCUCUUCCAUCCAUGGACGAACUGCGAAUAGAAGACGACGAAAGGGAGGCACUCGCCGGUCUAAGUAGUGUCCCUCCACCCCGCAAGUCCCAAUCUUACAGCCAGCAGCUCCGAACCACCUCCGCUCCCGCUCCCAAACGCAACCACCAACAACGUAACCACAGCCUCGACGAUACCCAGAUGCCCCAAGUCAUCGCCUACGACUCAUCCGAUGACGACUUCUUUCCUUAUUCUUCCACCACCCACCAGAGACUCGAUCAGAACCUCUGUGCCGAGCUCCCCUCCGAGGAUCCCCGGCACUGUCAGCCCCUGCCCGAGUUCAUCGGCAACGGUGGUGGUACCGGCAUUUUCAAAGUACCCGGCCGCGCCGCUGUCCACCCCGGCAGGCCGCCAUGCUUGGAGCUGCGCCCGCAUCCCCUGAGGGAAACCCAAGUGGGAAAGUUCCUGAGGAACAUUGCUUGCUCGGAGACGCAGCUGUGGGCAGGUCAGGAGAGUGGGUUGCGGGUCUGUCAUUUCAAGGAUGCUUAUGAACCUGGCUGCGGCCUCGGUGGCAGGGUCUUGAGAGGCGACGAAGAUGCAGCGCCAUACCAAGAAUCAGCCAACACCUCUCCCAUCUUGUGUUUGAUGGCCGACAAUGGCAAUAGGCUCGUUUGGAGUGGGCAUAAGGAUGGAAAGAUUAGGUCUUGGAGAGCCGAUCAACCUUUGGAUGCAACCCCUUUUAAGGAAGGCCUUGCCUGGCAGGCACACCGUGGCCCUGUUCUUGCCUUGGCUAUGACAUUUCAUGGUGAUCUGUGGUCCGGUUCUGAAGGAGGUGUUAUUAGGAUCUGGCCAUGGGAAUCUAUAGAAAAAUCUCUUUCUCUAAAACCAGAGGAAAGAUACAUGGCUGCUUUGUUGGUGGAGAGGUCAUUCAUCGACCUUAGAAGCCAGGUCACAGUGAAUGGUGUUUGUAACUUAUCUUCCCAAGAUGUCAAGUGUUUGUUAUACGAUAAGACUAGAGCUAAAGUCUGGUGCGCUGGAUCUCUGUCAUUCUCAUUGUGGGAUGCUCGUUCAAGGGAGCUUGUUAAAGUGUUCAACAUAGAAGGGCAGAUCGAGAAUCGAGUUGACAUUUCCUCAGUCCAGCAAGAUCAGGCAGCUGUAGAAGAUGAGAUGAAGGUAAAAUUUGUUUCUACAUCAAAAAAGGAGAAAUCCGGGGGCUUUUUACAACGCUCGCGUAAUGCUAUAAUGGGAGCUGCAGAUGUCGUUCGGCGAGUUGCAACCAGAGGCGCAGGGGCAUUUGUAGAAGAUGCCAAGAGAACAGAAGCUCUAGUGAUUACCGCGGAUGGCAUGAUAUGGAGUGGAUGUACAAAUGGCUUGCUAGUGCAAUGGGACGGCAAUGGAAAUCGUGUGCAAGAUUUCAGCCAUCACCCUUGUGCUGUACAAUGCUUUUGCACUUUCGGGACGAGAUUAUAUGUGGGGUAUGUCAGUGGCAUUAUUCAGGUGUUGGAUUUAGAAGGAAAUUUGAUUGCAGGGUGGGUGGCUCACAGCAGUCCUGUAAUUAAAUUGGCUGUUGGAAAUGGCCAUGUUUUUAGCUUGGCUACUCAUGGUGGUAUUCGGGGUUGGAACAUCACAUCUCCGGGGCCUAUCGACAACGUAUUGCGUUCAGAAUUGGCUGCAAAAGAAAAGAUGUAUACCAGAAGAGACAAUGUUAGACUUUUGGUUGGCACAUGGAAUGUUGGUCAAGGGAGAGCUUCUCAUGACGCACUUAUGUCAUGGUUGGGCUCUGCAGUGCCAGAUGUUGGCAUUGUUGUAAUUGGAUUGCAAGAAGUAGAGAUGGGGGCGGGCUUUCUUGCAAUGUCUGCGGCAAAAGAAACUGUAGGGCUUGAAGGAAGUUCUGUUGGACAAUGGUGGCUAGACAAUAUAGGGAAGGCAUUGGAUGAAGGAAAAACGUUUGAGCGCAUGGGAUCCAGGCAACUGGCAGGCUUGCUCAUAUCUCUAUGGGUAAGAAAGAAUCUUAGAACGCAUGUUGGGGAUAUCGACGCUGGAGCAGUUCCAUGUGGCUUUGGCCGUGCUAUUGGUAAUAAGGGAGGUGUAGGUUUGAAGAUCAGAGUUUACGACCGGAUAAUGUGUUUUGUGAACUGUCACCUGGCUGCACAUUUGGAAGCUGUCAAUCGCCGGAAUGCUGAUUUCGAUCACAUUUAUCGCAACAUGGUCUUCAACCGAUCAUCAUAUUUCCUUCAUAAUUCAGCUGCUGGAGUCUCGACUGGUUCUCAUAUGAUGCGUGGAACAAACGCUAUGGGUGGCAACUCUGAAGAAGCAAGGCCUGAACUAGCAGAAGCAGAUAUGGUUGUAUUCUUGGGUGAUUUCAAUUACAGGCUUUUUGGCAUAUCUUACGAUGAAGCCAGGGACUUCGUUUCCCAGAGAUGCUUUGAUUGGCUCAGAGAAAAGGAUCAGCUCAGGGCAGAGAUGAAAGCUGGUAAAGUUUUCCAAGGGAUGCGUGAGGCACUGAUAAAAUUCCCUCCCACUUACAAGUUUGAAAGGCACCAAGCAGGUUUAUCAGGUUAUGAUUCUGGCGAGAAAAAACGAAUUCCUGCAUGGUGCGACAGAAUAAUAUAUCGCGACAGUCGACCGGCUGCAGUGUUUGAGUGCGGUCUAGAGUGUCCUGUAGUGGCAUCAAUUUUGCAGUACGAGGCAUGCAUGGAUGUGACUGAUAGCGAUCACAAGCCUGUGCGGUGUAAAUUCAACGUUCAAAUCUCCCAUGUUGACAGAUCAGUGAGGAGAAAGGAGUUUGGAACAAUUUACAAAUCUAACGAGAAGAUCCAGUCGAUGCUCCAAGAGUUGUGUUAUGUUCCAGAAACAAGUGUGAGCACUAACAGCAUAGUCCUCCAAAAUCAGGACACGUUUAAUAUACGGAUCUCCAAUGACAGUGCCAAUGAUAUAGCCAUAUUUAGAAUCGUUUGUGAAGGUCAGAGCACUAUCAAGGAAGAAGAAGAGGCUGAGUAUCAACCAAGAGGCUCAUUCGGCUUUCCACGAUGGCUGGAGGUUACCCCAGCAGCAGGCAUGAUCAAACCUGAGCAAGCGGUGGAGGUCUCAAUCCGCCAUGAAGAGCUUCACACCCUGGAAGAGUUUGUGGACGGCAUUCCACAGAAUUGGUGGUCAGAGGACACACGAGACAAGGAAGUUAUUCUGGCAGUGAAUGUGCAAGGCAAUUGUUCCUCCGGAACAAACAGUCACCAAAUAUGUGUGCGCCAUUGUUUCUCCUCCAAGACACUACGCCUUGACUCUAAAUUAUCCACCAGCUCCAAAAAGAGUUCCUUCCAAAUGGCCGAAUCUCGGCAACCCAACAGUUCCUGCUGUGAUGCUACUGACAAACCAUCAUCAUCAUCAUCAUUGAAGGUAGAACCCAAGACUGACAAUUUGAAGCAGUUGUAG